AUGGGGACAUCCCUCGAUGGGCUCACCACACCCUCCAGCCUAAGCCAGCGCAGGCAAACCACCUUCAAUCUCGACCUCCCGCCUCCCCAUGCUCUCCAGUUCAGUUCUGUGGUAUCAAGUCAGAAAUUCCCUCCUCUCUCAGGGAUCAAUACGUCGCACGCUAUUGCGCCCAUCAACCCGGGAAACCUUUUGACCCCCCCGUCCAAUUCAGCCUCGGAGAGCGGCGCUGCCUCAUCUGCAAUUCCCACGGGGACAACUCCAAACAGCGCAGCAGGCCCGGUGCUACCAUAUACGCCAACACUAUUCGGAACAGGCACCACGCCCACGGGAUACCACACGGGCUUCACACCUUCCUGGCAGAAUGGAUCUCUUGUGUCCGGCCGAUCUGUAUUUUCACCGAUACCAGGCGCCUUGAGGAACAGCACCAACUCCCCUUCAGCCGGAGAAGGCUCUGCAUUGCCCCCUCCACCCUAUGAUCUCCAUUCGGUUCAGCCGUACGGUGCCCCUGUUCCGCUCUCUUCUCCCUCAAACGCUGUCCACCAGACAGCCCAACAGAGCAUCAUAUCGCCGUUGUCGAACGGUGUGAAGCCACCCAACCAACAAUCCCCUGUGACGCCGGGCGACGGGGUCAGCAGAGCCGUAUCAAAUCCCGCUUUGUACGCAACCAUGACAACUACAGCUCAACAACAUCCUGCGUACCAUUUUGCAGCCGCACCAGUAUCACAAAGUCCGCACCAUCAUUCCCUUGCUGCUCCUCGAGUUUCGCCGCCACUCCAUCAAGGGCCUCAGUCCCAGGCUCCUUUUAUGCGCCCUCCUCCGCCCUCAUAUUCACUGCCUGCCAUGCCUGGUGCGAUCAUGUCCAACGUCCACAGUCCAGGUGCUCAGAUGGCAAUGGUGGGCAAUAUGCAAGCCAACAUGUUACCCAUGGCUUUCAAUAGCGGCUAUGCGGCAAAUGCCCACAGCAUGUAUGGCCCGGCUCGGAGCAAUACACCCCAACAACAACCGCUACACGACCGGCCUUUCAAGUGCGAUCAGUGCCCGCAAAGUUUCAACCGUAAUCAUGAUCUGAAGAGACACAAGAGGAUUCAUCUUGCUGUAAAGCCUUUUCCGUGCAAUCACUGCGACAAGAGCUUCUCUCGCAAAGAUGCGCUGAAACGACAUAUCCUUGUCAAAGGCUGCGGCACUGGAAAUCCCUCCGACGUUACGGCCAGAGAGGAUGGUGUCAAGUCCGACUCCGGAAGCGAUGGCAUCAAUGAAAGCCCGGCAGCUGCGCCGGCAGCUUAA